GUUUGCCCACCGCCAAUGCGAUGGCAAGAACAAGAAGACAACACAAAAGAAGUCCAAGAAGAAGUCUUUUUAAGUGUAGAAAGAAACAUGGAUAUAAACCAAACGUCAUACUGUACUGUGUUGGACAAAAAGAGCCAGUCGAAAUACAUAUGCUAUACAAAUAGAAUUAACGGAAUUUUUCGUAUUUGCUUGACAGACGCAGCUGGUGUUUGGAGCACAGAGUACACCGAGGACACGCUGAACCAGUUUAGACAGACGUUUGCCUUGAAAUCUACAGAGGAUUAUAUCCUAAAACUCAGGUCAGCCUGCGGUAGCGGCGACGUGUCUGUUGUGGAGCAUGAGUCAGGUGUGGAGCUCCACGUGGGCUCCAGUGCAGGUGACCCAAGGGUCACCCUGUCCAGACUGGAAGGGCAACAGGCCACAGCUCAGCUGAAGGAGCUGCUGUUCAGGAUGGCUGACAGCCUCACUCAGACUGACAGUAAAUGUGGAUCAACCUCCGUCAGUCCAGUGAAAAAUCACCAAAGACGGCCCACAGAGUUUGAGCCUCGGCAGCAGCAGAACUGUGCUCCGUCAGUGACGGUGAAGAAACGUCCUUUAGGAACUUCGCUCAUCAACCCAGGAACUAAAAAGAAACAGCGAGCGACCGGCGUGGCCUUUGAUGAUGCAGAUGAUGACUGAUCCUUCAAACAGAACUUUUUUUCCUCAGUUUUCUCACCCUGCUGCUGCACAACCAACCGCAAAUGGUCUUUUAAUCCACUAAAACAACGUUAUGAAAUGUAUAAUGCAUAUUUUUAACAUCACAGCUUGUAUGAUACAUGAACUCAAUUGCCAUGAAAACCCGAAUAAUCAUUUUUAAAGGUAUUUUAUUAUGUGUCAUUGUGAUGAAUGUCUUAUUCUUUGGUCUCUGCCCUGAAUGUUGCUGUAAAUUUUGUGAUAUUAGUUAAUUUCAUCUGGAAAUAAAGAAUUAAUGUUUGAAACGAA